CGGAAGUGGAACCGACGCAACACCGGAAUUCAACCUCGGAAUUCAACCUCGGAAUUCGACUUCCUGCCAAAACAAGCAAUUGAUUGUUUGAGAAGUUUGCCAAAAUUUAAGAGAAGUUAAGGACUUCAUUAUAGCAGAGAAAAAGUCCAGCAAAGGGGAAGAUAUUGGACAACAGAGGUUUCAUGACAACGUCAGGCCAUUGAUGACCGCGUCAGCCCCCUUCCCUCACCUUGUAGAUUCUCUGACGAUCCUCCAUCCUACAAAACCGUCUGCGUGCGGCUUGUGUCUUGACAGUACACUUCAGGUUUAGUGAAAAAUGGCAGAAGUUCAAGAUCAAACUCAAGGUUGCAUGGCCUUUAAAAGACCAGCUCAAGACAAAGUAAACCAUUCCACCAAACCCAAGAAACGCAAACGUUUGUCUCAGAAGCUCACGCACAGAUCAAGGGCGAGAGCUCGAGUGGACAUUGGAUUGGCACUUGAAAGAUGGCGUGCACUGAAAGCAGCAAAAGGAUUGAGAUCUGAUGCAGAAGUGGCCCAGUGUCUUCUGGAUGUAAUGAAGAGGUUGCCCCCCAUGUCAUCUUCUGCUGAAGCCACUGAUAAGAAGAUAAAAAUCUCCCCGUCUGAAGUGCAGACACUGAUAGAGCAGGAGGUUCGAAGUGCAGUGAAAAAGAAUGAAACCAAGCUGAAGGGUUUAAUAGAAACUAUUCAAAAGCUGGAGUGUGGAGUCGACUAUGAAAGCUCCAUCCAGAAACUGGAGGCACGUAUUAACAUGGUGACGAAGAGAGCAGAAGCAGCUCUUGCCUACACGACAAAGACACAGAAAAAGAGUCCACAUCCAUCUCUUGUUAACAUGGACAUAAUCAGAAUAGAUUCUGAGGAAGAAACGAUGGAAACCGUGUCACAGAUAGACAAAAAGAGCAUGGAUUACAUGGACAAGAGUAGAGAGUUCUUUCAAAUGAUGGAUACCACUAAAAAGGCACUAAAGAAGAUGCGUGCAGAUAAUGAGGCUUUGACGGCUGCCAUAGCAGAUUUAAGGGAAGAGCCACCUUCCCCGGUUCUCACUCCUUAUGGCUCUCCUGAGUGUAAGGGACUUGUCAGGCUCAUAAAGAAAGAGCCAGAAGAUGAGCAGCAAAAAGAAAACAACAUUGAGGAAUUCAAGCAGUUUGAGGAGCCAAAGGCUGAGACGGUGAAAGUAGAAUGUCUCUCUUCUGGUGAUAGUGACAUUCCCAAGCACACAGGCUCAGAGCAGGACAAGCUCUUGUAUCCUCCUCUUCCCUCCAACACUUUCCCCUCCAUCCUGAACAUGGAAGCGGCCUCAUACAACAUCCCCCAGAGACCAGAAGUACAUCUGGCCCUCAUCAGGGACCCCGCUGGCCUCUCUGUGCUCUGGAAAGUGGAGGAGGAAGACCCCUCUGCGCCACCCAUGGAUAGUUACAGCAUCUUCAUGACUACAGAAAAGGUUAAGGGUGGUGGCGUCUUCCCCAAUUGGAAUAUGCUUGGUGAAGUGAAGGCCAUCGCUCUGCCCAUGUGUGUGAUGAUCAGAAAGUACAAGCCCGGGCACAAGGUGUGUGUCGCCGUGGUGGGCAAAGACAAGUUUGGCCGGUACGGGCCCUACAGUAAAGUUGUAACUGCAGCGAUACCGAACUAGUUGCGAAGAGGAUAUGGGGUCAACGGAGAGACAACACAAGCACCUACUUCAAGUGGGAUUUACUCACUCUUAACGUACAUGUUUGUACUUUGUCAGUGUUAAGUUUUAAUUACUUUUUGGCUGUUUUUUGGGGCAGUGUCACAUAGACACAAUUAGAAAUCUUCUGAAACAAAAUAAAACAGAGUGGAAUAGCACCCAAAUGUAAAUAGGACGUUUACAGCAGUGUCCCCCAGCAGUGAUUUCAGUUCCAAUUGAAGCAGUGUAAGUAGCAGUGUUUACGGCACUUCUUUCUCCUUUUGUUGCCUGCCACUCAUAUAGAAGAAUACUUAUAUCCUGUGUUUGCGUAGCUUCUAGAGAGUACAAGCGUGCGCGCACACACACACACACACACACACACACACACACACACACACACACACACACAUACACACAUGUUGAGCUUUUCACUUUUGGGGACAUUACAUAGACUUGCAUUCAUUUCCUGGAGACUUACCCUAACUGUAACCCUAACCAUUACUUGCUAACCCUAAACCUUACCCUAACCUUAACCACUGACCCAAAAGUCAACUUUUUCCCCGAUUGGGGACACUGUCUGAAAUUUGUUGUGCAAAUUUCCCCAAUUGGGGACACUGUCAGUGUCUCCUAACCCUCAACCUAAACGUAAUUCUAACCUGAACGCUAAAACCAAGUCUUAACCCUCAAGCAUCCCUUUGAAGUUGAUGACAAUAAUAAUGGUUGUCACACAGUUGAGUACCAGUAAACCAGAGAACAGCUUAACAGUUAAAGAUCAAUCGUUUUUGCUAGUGGCUUUGUUAAAGUCAACAGUAGUUGGUUAAGCCAUAAAUAAAUAGUUUAACAUCACUUUGGAAUCAAAAAAACAAAAUUUUAACAAUGUACUGAAAUAAAAUGAGCCAAUAAAGUUGACUUGUUAAAUGUAUGUUCUGUAUCUUUUUUUUUAUUUUUUUUUAUUUUCAAUUUUUGUCAUGUAUAAAGUAACAAUCUCAAACACUGGAUGUUACGACUUUACAAAAUUGAAGAAGUUUCUUGCUUUUCUCUGUUUCAUACAAUGAAUAAAAUACUUUGAUUUAUUUGACUAUUGGUCAGAGUAAAGCCAUGUACAGUAACCUAAAAGAUCUCACGGAGGA